CACCGCGGGAGGACCCUCCCAGUGUCCCCAGUGUCCCCAGUGUCCCCACCCUCCUCACCAGGGACGCCUCUCCUCCCUCCCAAACAGUCCCAUCCCCACUGGGCCCAGUUCUCCAGCUGUGAGUGAGCAACCCCAGAAAAUCCAUGGCUGUUGUGCUGGAGAUCUUGGAUACCCAUCACUGGGAGAUCCACGUGUCCCCUGCUGCCACCACCUUGUGUCAGGGCCCUUGGGCUGUGUCACAGUCACCCAGUCCCAUCAGCCGUGCCAUUGUCACGUGUCCCCAAUGUCAUCUGUUCCCAGGGAUUGUGCCUGUCCCCAGGGGUCACCCAACCCCAUGGGCCAUCUCAGGGUCACCCAUCACCAAGGGCUGUCCCACAGCCACCUGUCCCCACAGCUCCCUGGGGCUGUUGGAUGUCCAUAACUGCUGUGGGAUGGGGGUGUCCCCUGAGGCCGGGGUCCAGGGGUCACACCCCGGGUGUGGUGGCCGUGGGUCACACGUGUGGCUCCAUCCCGGGUGUGGUGGCCGUGGGUCCCACCUGUGGCUCCAUCCCGGGUGUGGUGGCCGUGGGUCACACCUGUGGCUCCAUCCCGGGUGUGGUGGCUGUGGUUCACACGUGUGGCUCCAUCCCAGGUGUGUUAUGGCCGUGGGUCACACCUGUGGCUCCAUCCCGGGUGUGGUGGCCGUGGGUCCCACCUGUGGCUCCAUCCUGGGUGUGUUAUGGCUGUGGGUCACACGUGUGGCUCCAUCCCGGGUGUGUUAUGGCCGUGGGUCCCACGUGUGGCUCCAUCCCGGGUGUGGUGGCCGUGGGUCCCACGUGUGGCUCCAUCCCGGGUGUGGUGGCCGUGGGUCCCACGUGUGGCUCCAUCCCGGGUGUGUUAUGGCCAUGGGUCACACGUGUGGCUCCAUCCCAGGUGUGUUAUGGCCGUGGGUCACACGUGUGGCUCCAUCCCGGGUGUGGUGGCCGUGGGUCCCACCUGUGGCUCCAUCCUGGGUGUGUUAUGGCCGUGGGUCACACGUGUGGCUCCAUCCCGGCCCCGGCCAAGUCUCUCCUCGUGAACAGAGUCGCUGAUCUCCACCUCCGACAUCCUGUCCCGGAUCAAGCAGGAGGUGGCCUUCGUGGG